AUGAAACGACUGAAUCGGCACCUCAACCCGUCCGGGCGGAAAGAGGGGGUCGACGGGACGGCUUCUAGGGUCGAGCCGACCGAAGAGGAGCUCCCAGUCGCCGCCGCCGCCCACGGCAACAACACGUGGUUCCGCUUUCUCAGCAUGACCGAGGUGGAUCUGUCGACCGCGGAGGAUUUCCUGGAGUACGUGAAAGAGCACCCGUCCGCGACGGCGACGGACGCCGAGGUGCUGCUGAGUCCGCGGGUGGUCGACAACGCCGCCGCCUCGCAGCUGCUCGACGAUUUGAGGAACGAGGACAUGGUCCGGGGAUUUCAGAGACGCAUCGACUACACCUUGCAGGUCAACGAAGAGACGGACGUCUGGCGGCUUCGGCAGCGCUUUACCUGGCUCAUGUGGUACGACAUUGUCAAGGCCGUGCGGCCGGACGUGUCGGGGCGCCGGCUAGGGCGCAAGGUUAAGGAAGACGUCCGGGCCUUCGUCGCCACCGUGGAGUCGGACGAGGACCAGGUCGAGGUCAUCGUGGCGAACAUCUCGAGCUGGUGUCGCUACGGCAUGCGGCUACAGGCCAUGUGCGAUAUCUUCGGCGAAGGAUGUAUCUUGAUCCUCUUGCCGCAACUCACCUAUUCCUUCAUCACCGGCAAACGGAUGCACGUCGGCGGUCGGGGGUUUCAGGCCGCCAUGGAGCAUCUCGACAGUAUCGGGCUCAAGCAGGUGCUGGAUGACCACCCCCACAUCCAGGAACUGGCCGCGGCCAUGCGAGAGGUUCUCUGCAGCUCGGUGGCACGACAAGUGCCGGCCCACCUCCGCGCCCGAGGCUGGACCAGCAGCGGUGGCGACGCCACGGACCAGGAGACGCUGGCCCGUCCUGUAAAAGCGCUUCUGCCCACGGUCAAGUGUGGCCCCGUGCCAUCCCCGGGUAGCGACAUCCAACCCGCACAAACCCGCCUCAAUGUCAGAGGAGCGACCGGGAACACCGCCAUUCUCACCAUCACGACCAUCGUGGCAUCGACGAUGGCCGACGUCGAGCAGAAACCGCCGACCCUGCCGCUGAUCCCACAGGCUCUCGGCGACAUACACGCUCUGGAUCACGAGUCGCUGCUCCGUCACUGUGCACUGCGGAAGCUCAACACGUCGGGCGACAAGAGACUCCUGAACCGCCGACUGCAGGCGUGGUACCUGGUCGACGACGAAGCGGACCUGGCUCUACGGGGGGGACGGGAACGCCGCCGCCACCGGCGGUCGGGGGGGCGGCCGAGCGUCCUCUCCUCCCCGGCGCCGUCGACGGGUGGGGCACACGGCCACGACACGAAUCUACGCCGCUGUCUCCUCGACGUGCUGGUCCGCGGCCUCACGGUGUAUGUGUUUGUAGGAGUGGCGAAACAGGCGCUGGCGGGCUAUGGGGACGAGAAGCUGCGGGCGCUCGAGCCAGAAGAGUAUCGGGAGUGGCGGCACAAGACCCAGUCGCGGAUCAUGUGGGCGCAGGGCGUCUUCAUCUUUGCCCCGCUCCUGCAUCGGCUGUGUACGCUGCUCGAGACCGGGUUCGCGAGGGAGGGGACGGCGGCGACGUGUGCGUCCCUACAUACGGAUGGUUACCGGGUACACGGGGGAAAAGACAUGGGCAUGACAGAGGUCGUCGAAUUCCACGACCCUCUUGCUUUCAGUCACGGAUCCAACCGCUGCAUCGACAACACCGCACGCACGUCCAACCAGCUGCGUUUUCCCGAGACCUGGGGCGUCGAUGGCUGUCAGCAUGUUCCACGGCGAGAGGUCAUCAACAUCGUCCACGAGGUUCCGGGGCAGGCGGAAAAGGAGCCCGGCUGGUGGCGCGAAACGACCUUUUCGACCCUGCGAAUCCCGUAA